AGAAACAUAGGUUAUAAGUAUAAUGUGGAUUUAUAAGGGACGAUUUCCGAAAAUGUUAAAAAUUUGUUUAUUUUUCACUGUAAGUACCGCCCUUUGAGCUGCAAACCGUCGGAAGCGGAGGCUUACUUUUGACACAGUAACAAUAACCGUACCGGUAACGGCGGCAACCGACCUGCGAUCCAACCCAAGUGACGACGUUGAUGAAAAUGCCCACAGUGGGACCCCCAUAAAGGCAUAAUGGUUGCAGAGCUCCAAGCAAUGUGAAGAAAAAAAUCCCAAAACAAUGACGACGGAGCCGUUGACGCUGACGUUGACAGAGGAGCUGCGGCAAUAGACAGCAUUGUGGCGCUAAUCAUUCAUAUAAACAUAGCGCUACAGAUACGGAUACAGGUCCACGGACAGCAUCGAACUGUUUUAGAAUUUUGACUAUAAAUAAACGACCGUCGAUGCGAAUGGUCAAUCAUUUGCAGUUUAAGAGCUCAAGGUGUGAGACAUAUCAAUAAAUACGAAGAUAUGAAAUUCUUUAUACUUGCCACCUGCCUGUUGGCUUUGGCUGCGGGAGAUGUGUCGCACUUGCCAUUGGAAGUCCUGGAGGAACAUCAGGGUUACGGCUACGAUUAUCCCAAGCCUGUGGUGCCAUUUGUGAUAACUACCACCACGGAACCACCGCCGCCACCACCUACCUAUCUGCCGCCCAAGCCGGUGCCUACUUAUCUGCCUCCUCCGCCACCAACUACCACUACCACCACAACAACCACUACAACUCCUCCCCCACCACCUCCUCCUCCACCAACCUACCUUCCUCCUCCACCACCCACUACCACUACCACAACAACCACCACAACAACUCCUCCUCCACCCCCACCACCUCCUCCAACCUACCUUCCUCCCCCACCCCCACCCCCAACGACCACGACAACAACUCCUGCACCCACGCCGGCUCCUACUUAUCUGCCUCCUCCACCACCGGAACCCGAUCACGGCUACCACUACGAGGCACCCGUGGAACCCUUCAUUUUCUAAUCGAAUAACAAACACCAAAGUCAACCACCGAACUCGGAAGAUUUCCCCGGAUCAGUCUUGUUUUUUAUCGAAUCGUUUAACUAGGCUUAGCUUUACAUAAGUUAAAUAUUAUCUCAAAUAAAUGCUG